AGCAGAGCUCUGACGCAGUGGUGGUUACAAAACAUUUCUUGAUACUGUCGGGACUCCGCCGCGGCUGGAAGAGUUUGUGUGCAUGGCACAGGGGAGACAAGGUGAAGAGCUGAGGGGAGACCAGAGGCAUUCAAGGAACUGGGGAGCAUUCUUCGUUGUACGAGUGGCCUGAGGGGAUCUGCUUCAGGAUAUGGAUCCAAAGGCAGCAUGAGAUGCUGAGACUGACACGAGUCUGCCCAAGCAUGGAUGGAAGGGCAGCCCUACGCAGCAGCUUCAUAAAACUUACACCGGAACCACCUCAUGCCAUGGAAUCCAGCCACGCCACCCCGUUCCCUGCGCUGCCGACGGGUGCUGAAGAGAACAUGUGUGAGAUGGAUGUCUUUGAUGCAGCUGUGGAUGGGGCCACGCUGCUCAUCAGCCUGUGUGGGCUGGUGAGUAAUGGGGCCGUCUUCUGGUUGCUCAGCUGCCGCAUGCGCAGGAACCCCAUCACCAUCUAUGUCCUCAACCUGGCCAUGGCCGACUUCACCUUCCUGCUCUUCAUGCUCACCUACACCCUCCUCAACCUCCUGAAAGACCUCUCCUGCGCCACGCUGCCCAUCUCAGUGAAGCACCUCGUAUCACUCCUCCUGCUCUCACUAUUUGCCCACAACAUGGGCAUGUAUCUGCUGGCGGCCGUCAGCAUCGAGAGGUGUGUGUCUGCCUUCUACUCUGGCAGGAUCCACUGCUGUCGUCCCCAGCACCUGUCAGCCAUGGUGUGUGCCUUGCUCUGGAUCCUCUCCAUCACUGUCAUUGCCGUGGUGACAUCCCUGUGCCUGUCCCACCAGCAAGAGCAGUGCCGCCUGGCACUCAUUGCCAUGUACAUCCUCAACUUCCUCCUUUUUGCCCCAUCCAUGGUUAUUUCCAACGUGAUCCUGCUCAUUAAGGUGCUGUGCAGCUCCAGGCAGCGCCAGCACAAGAGGCUCUACAUCGUCAUCUUUCUCACAGUCCUCUUCUUCCUCCUCUUUGGAGUCCCCCUCAGCAUCUGGAAUUUCAUGCAGCAUUUCAGCUCUGGUCCACUUGGGCAUCACCAGGUGGUUUUCCUGCUCGCCUGCAUCAACAGCAGCAUCAACCCCUUCAUCUACGUGCUGGUGGGGAGCGGCAGGAGGCAGUGCUCUUUGGCAUCCCUCCAGGUUGCCUUCCAGAGGGUCUUCGAGGAGCUGGGUGAUGAUGGUGUGGGCAGUGACAACUCCAUGAUGCAGACGCUGAGCUCAGCCCCUUGAAGCUUUUCCACUGCUUUACAUCAGGAGAAUCCUGGGGAG